AUGCCAGGCUUCGACUUCUCCAAUUACAAUCGCAAUGUCGCUCUCCAUCAGCGGGGUGUCCCUCUGCCGAAGGCGACCAGCACAGGCACAACCAUUGUCGGGUGCAUAUACGAUGGCGGCGUAGUGAUUGCCGCCGACACACGUGCAACCUCAGGUCCUAUCGUCGCCGACAAGAACUGCGAGAAGCUACACUACAUCGCCCCCAACAUCUGGUGCGCGGGCGCCGGUACCGCCGCCGACACCGAGUUCACGACGGCGCUCAUCAGCUCGCAGAUCGAGCUGCACGCGCUGUCAACGGGGCGUAAGCCGCGCGUGGUGACAGCCAUGACGAUGCUGAAGCAGCACCUGUUCCGCUAUCAGGGCUACAUCGGCGCGUACCUCGUUGUGGCCGGCGUCGACCCAACUGGCACGCAUCUGUUCACGGUGCAUGCGCACGGUUCGACGGACAAGCUUCCCUACGUGACAAUGGGUUCAGGUUCGCUGGCGGCUAUGGCUGUCUUCGAGACGCAGUGGAAGCCAAGCCUGACACGCGAGGAGGCCAUUAAGCUGUGCUCGGAUGCCAUUGAGGCAGGUAUCUGGAACGACCUGGGGUCUGGCAGCAACGUGGACGUGGCCGUCAUUACGGCAGAAAAGACGACUCUGAUGCGCAACUACCUCAAGCCCAACGAACGCACCAAGAAGCUUGGAAGCUACAAGUUCCCCAAGGGGACUACUGCCGUGCUCAACGAGCAAGUCAUCAAGAAGGAAGAUAUUACCAAAUAUGUGACAAUUCAUGAUCUGACUGAAGAGAGCGGCGAUAAGAUGGAGGUCGACACAUGA